GGUGUGGAGAGUGUUGAGGGAAAGAUGCAUCGGAGUGGCGAGGGCCCCUGAGGCGGCGUGGCGAGAGAGGUGUGAUGCUGACUUGUGGUGUGGUCAUGGAGAGUGUCGUGCCAUCGAGUAGUAGCAGUAGCGUGUCUUCCCGGGUGCCACCCACUGCCUCCCCCGACACAAUGUCCACUCCCCCGCACCCGACAUCCCUCAAACGACCCGCUAACAAUGGUAACAGUUCCCACAUCAAUGUUGACAGUGAUCGGACAGUGCCACCAGGGGGAGGGGCAGGUCCCCCAGUAUCGACAAUCGCCACAUCCACUACUACGUCGUCAGCGCCUUUGACAAAUAGUUCAGCCACGCCUACGAAGCCACCGGAAACGCUCUCGAAGGAUGGGUCAUCCCCCUUGGCUUCCCCAAACCAGCAGCGCCCUUCGAGUACGGCAGGUGGACCUCUUUCUGCAGGGUCACCCAAAUUACCUCCCCCUCCUUCACAUCCUAGUCCCAACAGAAGUAGGCGAUCCUCUGCCCAGGGACAUUCUCCCUCAUCCCCUCAAUCCCCAAGGUCUCCGAGAUCCCCGAGGUCACAAAGUAGCUUUCAUAUGCAGGACUCCCCAGUCAAGGCUGCCGGUCGGCCUAAUAGUCCUCUGCCGGUCGGAGAGACUCGUAGCUCCCUCGCCAAAGGGGUCAGCACCCCUAGUUCUGAAGCUCAGUUAAGGUUAGUUCAGACUCCUCCCACAACACAGACAACAUCAACGCAAUCAUCGCAACAACCCGUCAAACCGCCAGAGUCUGUCGUUACAUCACAGCCGUUGUCGCCCCAGCAGUCAAGAACACCACAGCCUGUUCCAUCGACACAACCUUUGUCUCCUCAGACGCUCAUGUCUAAAUCAGCACAGCCAGCAGCAGCAGCACAACAACCAGGCCAGGCAUCAAUAUCACAACCUGUGUCACAAUCAGCAGUGAAAUUACAAUCAGUAGUGACACAAGCACCGUCAAAAGGGCCGAGUAAAUCGGCAGAAACGCUGCCAUCACAGCAACUAAAAUCAGGAGAAUCAGUGAUGCCACAACAGACACAAUCAACACAACCUUUGUCACCACAACAAGGAAAACUCACACAACCAGUAUUACAACAGGCAGAAAAACCUACCCAGCCAGUAUCAUCACAACCAGGAAAGUCUGCCCAACAGGCUACAUCCAAACAAGCAGUGUCAUCGCAACCUGAGAAAUCCUCACAACCAAAAUCAUCGCAUCCAGAGAAACCUACACAACCAUUGCCAUCACAACCAAAAAAACCCACUCAGCAAGGGCCAACACAACCGACAAAAUCCACGCAAUCAGAGUCAUCACAACCGGCAAAACUUACACAGGCUGUGGUACAACCAGUGCUACCACAACCUACGUCAUCCACACAACCAGUAACACCUCUCCCGUCAAAAUCCACACUACCAUUGACACCAGAACCGGCAAAAUCCACACAACCAUUGCCACCACAACCGGCAAAAUCCACACAACCAUUGCCACCACAAGCGGUAAAAUCCACACAACCAUUGCCACCACAACUGGCAAAAUCCACACAACCAUUGCCACCACAACCGGUAAAAUCCACACAACCAUUGCCACCACAACCGGCAAAAUCCACACAACCAUUGCCACCACAACCGGCAAAAUCCACACAACCAUUGCCACCACAACCGGCAAAAUCCACACAACCAUUGCCACCACAAGCGGUAAAAUCCACACAACCAUUGCCACCACAACCGGCAAAAUCCACACAACCAUUGCCACCACAAGCGGUAAAAUCCACACAACCAUUGCCACCACAAGCGGUAAAAUCCACACAACCAUUGCCACCACAACCGGCAAAAUCCACACAACCAUUGCCACCAUUGUCAACAAAGUCUACACAACCAUUGUCACCACAACCACUAAAGUCUCCACAAACAGUUUCGCCACAACCGACAAAGUCUACACAACCAUUGACACCACAACCAGUAAAAUCUCCACAAACAGUUUCACCACAGCCAACAAAGUCUACACAAGCAUUGUCAUCACAACCCGUCAAGACGACACAACCACUGUUGUCACAACAAGCAAAUUCCACACAACCACUUCCAGCACAACAGACAACAUCCACUCAGCCACUUGCACCACAGCUGGCAAAUUCUACUCAGAGCAAGAAACCCUCAAAGCCUCCAGUGUUACCGCAACCAACCAAGUUCUCGCAAUGCCCAGUGUCCCCAAUCAAUUUAAAAUCACCACAACCUCCCAUGUCACCGCAACCGACUAAUUCCCCUCAACCAUUAUCUCCACAACCAACGAAUUCGCCUCAACCAUUGUCACCACAACCAGUCAAUUCUCCCCAACCAAUGUCACCCCAGUCGCUAAAAUCACCACAGCAAAUGUCACCACAGUCGUCAAAAUCAUCACGGCCAAUGUCACCACUGUCGAUAAAGUCGUCGCGGCCCAUGUCCCCGCAAUCGUCAUUGUCAAGACCAGUAUCACCACUUCCAUCGAAAACGUCACGGCCAGUUUCACCACAACCAGGGAGAUCAUCACGGCCAGUGUCGCCGCAACCGGGGAGAUCAUCACGAACGAUGUCACCACAACCGUUAAAAUCUCCCCAGCCAAUGUCUCCACAACCUCAGUCACCACAGUCACAAUCACCCCAGCCACAAUCACCACAACCUUUGAAGUCACCAUUACCUCAAAUACCACCACCUCCUUCAUCCAAGGGAGUCAUCCAGAGUGGAAUCCCUGUCAGCAUCGCUGUCAGUGGUAGUACGACUGCCACCACAGGCGGGGCCAUUACCAAAUUCAUGGGUGUCAAGCAAGGGCGCGCCCCUCGAGCGCCUCAGCCUCCACCGCCGCAUCGCCUCAUUCGGCAGCACUCGUUAGCGGCCGUCCUGGGGCUUUUCAGGGGUCGAGACGACCGGGGAAACCCAAUGGAUUUGGCUGACGAUUGGCCAACGGUCAGGGAAGAACCCGAAGAACUCGAGCGAUCUUCGGGCAGCAAUAAUUCUCGCUCACACUCCAUCCCGUCCACUUCUGUUCCGCAUUUACCGCAGGUGACACGUCGCAAGCGUCGAAGUUCAUGCCACACAGAUUUGACCGGGGUUACUCUGACCACCAGUGGCGGAGCGGGGGCCCUUCCUCUUGCUAUCAAGAAAAAGACUUUGAGCAGCGACGCCGCUGCAGCUUCCGUGUGCACUCGCCGAUGUUCCCUCACUCUGCCCUAUGCCACACUUUACGGGUCAUGGCAGACCACCGCCUCUGCCCCUGGUAGCAGACAUGGCAGCAACGAAAUGCCUCCUUCGGCAUCAGUACCUCCCAGGAGAUCCGGGGGUUCCGUUCAGGUGGAGAUGACCCACGUAGGAGGUCAGAUACCCCCGCCUGUGCCCAACAGCCGCAGCGGAGGAACAACCAACCGCGUGACUCAACCCUCUACAACAGCAACCUCUUCUUCUAUGACUACUUCCUCUUCGACAGCCCCACUCCUUCCCCAACCCUCAGGGGGACCCUUUCAUGACCUUUUCAGUGACCCUUUGAACCCUUUGAGUGAGACCGUAACUCAAUUGCUGGCUUGUUCGUUACAGAAAGUGCCCAUGAAGGACUUUGGCUCUGAGGUACGGGCCACCAUGGACAUCGUCCAUUUCCUCUCUCAGGCCACCUUAUUGCUGGAUGUGGUCGAGACCUCCCUGGAAGGCAUUACAGACAUGCUGCUCACCAAACUCCUGGAGAAGGACGAACCCUUAUGCUCUGUUGCUGAGGCCAAGUCUAUCCUCUUCACACAUGACACCUGCCCUAGCAGCUUAGCAGUUAAACCGCAUAUUCUACAGUUGAGUAUUAAUGCCUCGUCAAAUGAGAAGGACAGUCUUUCAAAAGUGCACCUGUUAGCGCGGACGAUCCAGGGUACAGCCAGCUCAGAAAAUGGAAGUUUCGACUACGAUCAGUCGUGGAUUUGUGCCCUCGGCAACUUGCCCUCGCUGCAGCGUCGCCACGUCGCCAUUGCCCGGCUGAAGCACCCGGCCAACAUGGGGCGCACCAGCAAGCAAGUGAAGCUCUUCAUCCUGGUUCUCUGUCCCAGCAAGGAGAAAGGGACCAAGAACUCCCUGGAGACUGGCCGAACCUUCGCGACCAUCUUCGCCGACAUGGACUUCCGCCAGAGGUUGCUGGAGGCGGCAACCGAGGAGGAAUUCAAGCGCCUCAUCAUCAAACACUCUCAAGAACUUGCCGAAGAACAACAAAUGAGCAAUGACAAGCGCAUCGAGAUGAACCAUGAAAGAGGGGAAGAGUUCGAAUACCAAGAGAAACGGUGUGUGUUUGCCCGUGGCCUCAGAGAAGACUUCCAUCGCCGUAUACCGCACUACCUCUCCGAUUACAGAGAUGGCGUCGUCGGUCACAAAACGGUUCAGAAGGUCGUGUCUACCACAUUCUUCCUGUACUUCGCCUGCAUUCUUCCUGCCAUCGCUUUCGGCGUACUCAAUGAUCACAACACACACGGGAAAAUAGAUGUAAAGAGGGUCAUCAUAGGACAGGUUAUAGGUGGCGUGUUCUGGGGCGUUUUCUCUGGUCAGCCUCUCCUUAUCCAGCUAACUACAGCCCCGUUAGCCAUUUACAUCAAAAUUAUAUACUAUAUCUGUGAUGACUUCAAGCUGGACUUCAAUGCCAUGUACUGUGCGACAGGAUUGUGGAACAGCUUUUUCUUGGUAGUUUACUCUCUGUUCGACGUCUCGAGACUGAUGAGGUGGUCCACAAGAUCAACGGAAGAGAUCUUUGCCCUCUUCAUCUCCAUUGCCUUCACCAAUGAUGCAUUCAACGAUGUCAGAAAAAAUUUCAGGGCCAAUUACUACAGUCAAGCUUGCCAAGGUGGGAGCAACAGCAGCAUGCAAAGAAACCAAACCGCUUAUAUAGUCUUAAAAAAUUAUUCAGAAAACUACAUAGUCAGUAUAAGUGAUAGUCAUGGAUUAGAUACUAAUUCUACCAUGACCCUUGUCGAAGAUGUUUGUACCAGAGAGAACUCUAUCCUUUACCUCCUUCUAAUGUUUGGAACCCUGUGGCUGGGAGUUGUGCUCUACAAUUUUAAUAAGACGCCGUACCUGAAUGCCAAUAAACGUGAGGUUUUAGCAGACUACGCCUUACCUGUUGCUGUCAUUGUUUUGUCCUUCAUUGGCUCCUACAUCUUCCGAGAUGUUCAUUUGGAACACUUCCGAUAUGAUGACAAUUAUGACGUAUUCAAAUUGGCACCUCUUGAGUCGUUGCCGCUCCCUGCAGUUUUUGCCACAAUGGGUCUUGGUUUUUCGCUGUCUAUGCUCUUCUUUAUGGACCAAAAUAUUGGCUCAGCAAUGGUCAACAACCCAUGUAACAAACUAAAGAAGGGUCCAGCGUAUCACCUCGACUUGCUGGUUGUUGCCCUGAUGAAUGGAUUUCUCUCCCUCUUUGGUUUACCCUGGAUGCACGCAUGUUUGCCUCAUUCGCCAUUACAUGUCCGCUCUUUAGCUGAUGUUGAAGAACGAGUAGAACAAGGACAUGUUUAUGAAAUAAUUGUGAAGGUGCGUGAAACCCGGCUGACGGGCCUGUUCUCAAAUAUUCUUAUUGGUCUGUCCAUCUUUUUGCUACCGUACCCUUUGGCUUACAUCCCAACGGCAGUGCUUGAUGGUCUCUUCCUGUACAUGGCAGUUACUGCACUCAAUGGCAAUCAGAUGUUUGAAAGAAUCUCGUUAUUUUUCAUGGAACAGGCUGCUUACCCUCCAAAUCACUAUAUCAGGAGGGUUCCUCAACGAAAAAUUCACAAAUUCACAGGACUACAAAUUGUACAGCUAGUUGUUAUGUGUUCAUUUGGGUUUGCCCCGUGGCCCUACUUGAAAAUGAUGUUCCCUGUAGCCCUCCUCCUGCUAUUGCCUAUCAGGCAUAAACUGGUUCCUCUAGUUAUCGAAGAGAAGUACCUAGCAGCCUUGGAUGGUGAGCAUCAGUAAGGAAGGCACAUUCUGUAUCACAUGACGUCUGCUGCAAUCAGAAAGUCCAUAUAUGCUUGUGGGUUUUCUGUCUUGCCAGAUAAAUUCAUCUUAUGUGAUGUAUCAUUAUUUAAAAUUUGCAGGUUAUAAGAGCAGACAUUUGACAAACAUCAGUAUCAUGUGUUCUCCAAAUACAAUCAUUACCUGGUUAGUGGACAUAGUAGUCUGUGGGAGUAGCUCACUAGUGCAUAAUAAGUUUGUACGCAAUGCGUAGUCUGAUUAAGUAGGUAAGUUUUAUGAGAGAAUAAAAUGGUUGAACAUUGGAAAAAAAGUCCUGUUGUGAUCUACCACAUUAUACAUACACACAUAUGCAAAAGACACUACUCCAUUGACUGCAGGUCUGUCCUUGCCACCACCAACACUUCCGGAUGCAAGCUUCCCCUUUCAUGUGGGUGGCUAGGAUGGUCUAGUGGCUUUGGAACUUGUAAAGUGGGUUUUAACAUUCAUUAUAUGCAAAUCUGGGUAUGUGAAAUAGCUCUCCACAAAUCAAUUGCAAAUACACUAGAAAUGCGCACAAAGUCUAUCAGAGGGUCUCCCUACUGUAUGUGUUAUGGACAUUCUCAUGCACCUAUGUAUGUCUAUGUCUUUAUGACCACUUUGCAUAGAUGUUAAGUGGUUAUAUCUGGACAAUGUAGGUGAGUAUCAUUAGCACUUAGCACUGUUGCAGUCAGAGGCCUACUUACUUAAUAAAGGCUCUCUGGUUAAAAUAAACAAAAAAAAAAACAAAAAAAAGAGCCCUUAAGGUACCA